UCGGCGGUCUGACGAUCUCUCGCAGCUGGGGAUCGAUCCUAGAUGGCCGGACGAGUGGGGUGGCAGCGGAUGAAGCAGGUCCUCAACCGGUUUCACCAGGCGGCCUUCAGCCCGAAGUACCUGCUGUACACCAACAUCGGCAUUUCCGUGGGCCUCAGCAUGGUGGGCGACACCAUGGAGCAGACCUACGAACGGCUGAUCGGGGAACUUUCGGGAUGGAACCGGAUUCGCACUCUCCGGAUGGGCAUCUCCGGGCUGACGGUGGGUCUGGUGUGUCACUACUGGUACCAGUACCUGGACUACUUGUUUCCCAAGCGCAACUUCAAGGUGGUGAUCGUGAAGAUCCUGCUGGACCAGUUCAUCUGCUCGCCCUUCUACAUCGCCGUGUUCUUCAUUACCAUGGCCAUUCUGGAGGAAAAUUCGUGGGAGGAGCUGCAGCAGGAGAUUAGGGACAAGGCUCUGACCCUGUACCUGGCUGAGUGGACGGUGUGGCCAUUGGCGCAGUUCAUCAACUUCCUGCUAAUCAAGCCACAGUACAGGGUAUUCUACGACAACACCAUUAGUUUGGGAUACGACGUCUACACGUCACAAGUGAAAUACCGCAAGAAGGAGCCCAAGAACGAUUAAUAUUUCCAACUCAAUAUUAUUAAAUUUUCGUCAACUAUUUUUAGGUAAGCCGCUCCCUGUAAAAUUAAAAAUG